AUGACACUUCUCACAAGCGUUAUAGCAACUUCCUUUGUGAUUAUCUACUGGCAAGUACGUGACAUCUUAUCUUCAGUCACGGAAUGCCAAGAGGCAACCUACUCCAUUCAAAAUCGCAUCUUGGCAGGUCACGCAUUCACCACAAGGCCAUCUGCGUCCAUCGAGGUUUGCGUGAUUUUAUGUGGAGAGCAUCCCAAUUGUAAAAGUAUAAACUACUUUCGAAAUUCAAAGACUUGUGAGUUGAAUAACAUGAGCCGGGUGUCAUCCCCAGAACAUAUGGUGGUUUUUGAAUCAGCUAUGUACAUGACCAACGCUUUUCGAGUCCCGUGUAACUACGACAUUGAAUGUGAACGGCAAGAGGAGAUCUGCCAGCUUGCGGUAGGCGGGAGCAAAUGUAAAGGUAAUCUUUAUGUAAUUUUUAAACAAUUACCUUCUUAAUUAGAAACGUCAUGUACAUGUAACUAGGGCAAAUAGGAAUUAUAUUUGGAAGAUAUUUUCUAUAUCUUUCGAGAGCAAUGUUGCUGCUGUUGAUUUUGUCAUUGUCAUUAAUAUUGAUAUUUUUUGUAGUUAAAUCAUUCCGCAAAGAAAUUUGAUAUGUUAGAAAAUUGCUGACAGUUCUACUGCAAGCUUUUACGCAAAUUAUAAAGCAAAUAAGGUUAGAAUUACAAAUUUCUGCAUCUUCUGAAAUCAUAAUACUGCUGAAUCGACAGUAAACUAAAAACAAUUGUCUUUUUAGAAGAAAUAGCAUCUCAAUUCUACAAUUGUUACCUUCGGGGUUCAAAUUUCUUUUCAAGCACUAUUCUCAGUACGACCGGUACAUUUAUUUGAAAAAAGUAUUGCAUGGUGGAAUGGUACGAGCGACCAUACACUUUUCUUAGGCCAUUUGUAUGCGUCAGGAUGUAGCUUUUAUUGCACGUCUCUUUUUUUCUUUCUGGUGGGGAGAGUGGAAGGGAAGGAGGGAAGGAUGAAGUGUUUGCUUCUACAGAUGUAAAUGAGACAGGGAUAUACUCCCAUUAAUUAAACAAUGUCAGUAAGGAUAGCAACUUUGAUCAGUUGCUCUUCUUUUAAAAGCAUGUAUGGAGGCUCUUGGUAUGGAAGAUAGAAGAAUUCCAGAUUCAUCUAUACAUGCUUCAUCGUUUUUGCACGGGGGUUUACGUCCCAGUCUGGUUCGUCUCAACUCACGUUACUCAUGGAUGGCAGCCUACAAUGACACUAAACCCUGGCUUCAAAUUGACCUCGGAAGGGACGCGGUAAUCAAGAAAAUCGCUACCCAGGGGAGACCCGGUAACUAUUCAAUGUGGGUAAAGACUUACACGCUUUCAUCACGUGCCAACGAAGAGACUGAUUGGUUGGCGUAUAGAGAGAACGAAGACGUGAAGGCGAGUCCUUUCUUUGGAAUUUGAUUCAUUUCUUAAAAUCAAGUAUUUGAAAAGAUAGUUGCCUAAAAGUCACAUUUCUCUCUAUUCCGGACCCGGAGAGAGCUCAUGGAACGUUUCCUACAGUUUUUGUUCAAUUGUCAACACUUGUGUGAAGGAGCUUGAAUUCCCCUUUUUUAUGCGUGAUCCUUAAGUAUAAAAAAUAGAUGAACGAAUUGAUGAAUUACACGACUGAUCUCUGAAAAUCAAUCAAUUAGAUACAAAGCCUAAAUUUUUUUUUUGUUAUAACAUGCCGCUCCUUUCAAGGUUGAUUUUUUUUAAGAGCAUGGAUUGGUCCAAUUUUCUCGCUAUACACAAUCAAAAUGGUUUUAAAAAGAAAUAUUUCAAUAAUUCUGACGAAAAUUUUAUUGUGAUUCUUAUCAAAUUUUAUGGCAACUUUAGGUAUUUCAAGGUAACAAUGAUCAGGAAACGGUGGCAUCCCAUGUGUUGCCGCAGCACAUCAGGGCUCGUUUCGUCAGGUUCUGGCCCGAGACUUGGACCGAAAAAUACAGAGUCAUGAGGGUAGAGUUGUACGGCUGUUUCUUUCAGUAACUGCUCCGGCCCAGAUACGGUUAGAAAGGAAAAUUCGUAACUUGCAAUUGACCAGGAAAUGAAUUCAAGCAACAAGUAGUUAAAUCAGUAGUACGCGAUGAAUCUGAGUAGCGAAAGCUAUGUCAGGAGACAAUAUUUAUACCAUAAUGAAUGUCACUGCUAUUGUAACAUUUUAAAAUCUGCACAUAUGGUCAAUACGGUUUAAGGAAAAAAAAUUUAGAGUUUGAUGAUCAUUUAUAGAAACAUCAUUCAUACUUUGUUGGUGGAAUUAUGCGUGUGGGGAUUAUCAUGAAUAUGUUUUAAAAUAAUUAGCGGUAGAAAUGCAAUAUACCCAUGUUUGAGUCAAGAAUAAAGCAUUGACGCCGUGACCGCAACUUCUUGUGUGAGGACAUUUUCAUGAUAAGUUAUCAUCAUGACACAUGGUUUGGUACGUGCUUUUUUCUGUCGCUUCAUACUAUCAUGACGGAUGACAUAUAUAAUCAAGAACACCACGUUUAACUAAAAUGACAACACGUAGAUAAAAAUAUGUAUGUGCAAGUGCAUGUUUCAGAUAUCCUAAAUAUAACAUCGAGAACAAAACGCAUACAAACCAUGGUGCUAUUUUUUUGAAACAUGUCUUGGUAGUUUGCAAAUGUUUUCUUCUCUUUCAAAUGGCAAGCUGCAUUCCGCGACUAUUUUGGUAUCUGAAUCAUCUUUUAACCCGCCUGCUCCAACUGGGAAACAGUGGCACAAUAGCACCACCAAAGAGGGCAAAUGAAAAGAAAAACGAAAAAAGAGUGUGGAAGAAGAGCCGUUUUUGCUCUUCCUAGGUUUCUCUCCUCUCUUCGUCGCUUCAUUUCGGCUGGCAUCAUUUCAUAACGUAAAAAUGUGGUUUGUUAGUCAUCUAAUUUCGCUUGUGUUUUUCAAGUCGCUUUCAGAUAUAAAUUUCAUUCCGUACUUCGUAACGGAUGUUUUUCCAAAUUAUUGCUGCAAUCAAAAACAAUAGUGAUCGUCAGACUAUCUUACUAAAUGAAGGUGUAUGUGACUGAUUGAUCGUGAGUGACUGACUGGCCGAAUAAAUAAAGGACUGAGUGACUGACUGACUACGUGGCCGAUUGAUUACCUUAUAUUACGACUGAUUAGCUUGCUAAUUGACUGACUUACUGAGUAAUGAAUUGACUGCUUAACUGACUAUCUGACUUAAUGUCUGACUGACUGACUUAUUUACUUACUUACUGACUAACCUGCAGAAGACUAACUGACUAGCUAACUGACUAACUUAUUGACCUACUGACUGACUGAUUGUUUGACUGGCUGACCGACUGAGUACGUGGCUGAUUGACUAAUUUACUGACUGGCUUGCCAAUCAAAUGGCUAACCGAAUAAUGAAUUACCGGAAAAGUAAUAGACUAACUGACUGACUGACUCUCUGACCAUCUGACUGCCUGACAGUCUGACUCUCUGACCUUCUGACUGCGUGACUGAGUGACUGUCUGACCGUCGGACUGUCUGACUGUUUGACUGUCUGACUGUCUGACUGUCUAACUGUCUGACUCGAUUGUAAAAGCAUAAACUACUAUUGAAGACGGAAACUUGUGAGUUGAAUAACACGACCACAGUGACGUCCCUAAAGAACAUGUUGGACUUUGAAUUCACCAUAUGCCUGCCUUGACAAACGUUCUCCGAGUUUCUUUUUCCCUUGACUUUGAAUGUGGACAGCCAGAGGAGAUAUACCACCUUGUGGAGAGCUGGAAAAACUGUAAAGGUAACGCUGAUAUCUUUCAUAACUAUUUUUUAACUGUUUCCUGUGUUGUCACGAGUGUGGAACUAGGGCAUGAUUACAAUGGUCUUGAAAAAGUCCAAUAUCGCUAUAACUUUCUCCUGGAGAAAAUGUAUGGAGAUAGCCUAAAGCUAAUCUUUGCGUGCAGACGCCGAUAGUUAUCAGUCAUUUUACACUGAGAUUAUGAUAAGGAGAUGAGUGGUUAAUUGUGACAUUAUUGAAGUACACAAAGUUAUGACGUUCAAGCAAAAACAACAUGUUUAGGCCCCCAUCAACACCCUUUCUUUCUUUUUGUUUUCUUUUCCUUUGGGAGUGUGUGGUGUGUUGGGGGGGGCCUUCACUUUGGUCCGUAUAGGAGGAAUGGACCCAUGUAGGAGUUCAACGUCCAGAAAAUAGUGUUUCUGUUGAUUGAACUACAGACAAACAUAAAUUUUCUAACAGAACUAGUUAAACCUGUCUCCUUCUUUAAACUCUCCCGUUGUGCCAUGAACGUCCAUCUCGGAUGGUAUUCAGGGCUGGAGUUAAGUAAGAGCAUUUUCCUAUCAGCAUUUUUACGGAAUGGGAAUAAAACUUAAGAUAAGAAGUUCUUUUAUACAGCCAUUUCUUAGUCUCUAUUGUAACAGAAUGCACACAAAAAUUUACUCUAGCGAUCAAGUAGCAGAAAGAACGAUGAGGGAGGAAACAAAACGGCUCACAUCCACAACAGGUCUUCUAGUUUAAGGCGUGCAUGCUUGAGUUGUAGGACGAAAAACACUUGCAUUUCUUCUUAAAAGUCAUAACUUUGGGUAAAGUUUACACGUUUGUAUAACACAAAUUAUUUACAUCGUUCCUGAAUUGUAUUUUUCAAGCUUUCAGUUGAUGGAAGAUUUUAUGCCAUAAGAUAAAGAUUAACAAGGUCAAGAGGGGAUUCUCUCUUGACAAUACCAUGCCUUUUUUCACGCAAAACUGAACAGUUUUUAAAGAAAUCUGUUUUGAAAUGCAAAUGUUUCACUAAGAGAGAGAACGAGAGACUAAUGACGAUACCAAGUGUUUUCAUAAAAGUGUCCGGGGAACCCAUUCCCCCUGGUGGGCGAUUCGGUUAUAGGCCUGCAAAAUGAUCAUAACAAAGGGUAGGUCGAUCAACGGAACUUCGCCUAUUACACAGCUUGUUAUAGAGUAGAAUAACUUCAUGUAUAUCUGGCUCUGAACCUCGGUCCUUUCCUUAUUCUGCAAUUUCGUUCGUCUUGUAACUCAACCCCUACGACCGUUGAAGUUAUUAAAGUUUCCUGUAAUUCAUUGAGACCUUAUUUUUAUGCCUUACAACCUGCUGAGCUAGGACAAGCCAGAAUAAUCAUUUUAUUCUUUUUAAUUUACAGACUGAGAGCGACAAAUAAUAACAGCGUGACCGAAUAAAGUCAAAACAACAAGCGAGCUCGGAUCAAACAGGAAUUCUUGCACAAACACAGGAAGGUUCCAUGAUCGUAAUAGGUUCAACGUUAUCUUUAAGUUUAAGUUUUUUUUUACUGAGGUUUUAUUUGUAUCAUCUUAAUUUCGAGUGGAAGAACCCAAACUAUCGUCACCUUUGAUGUAAAAAACAAAGUGUAAUUAGCGGUAUUCAUUCUUUUGCUUUGUCAGCUGUGUUAAAUUAUGAAUAAUCAUCAAAUAGUCCUCAGUAGGAUUCAACACCUGAUAAUGCUUUGUUUGCAUUCUUUAAUGAAAGACACCCUUAAGCGCUUUACCUUUAUUAAGUUUAACAAGUGUCCCAAAUAACUUCUUGACUUCUUUAUCUGACGAGGAGAUCCCUUGAAUGAGAAUCACUCGCAAAUAGAGUUGGAUAAGAAAAGAUACAGCGAAGGUAAAGCCGGGUUUCCCUUUUUCCCUUAGACGUGAUUUUACAAUUACACAAGUUACUGUAAAUCUGAAACUCCAUUUAAUCGUAUGACUGAUUGAGAGGCUGCGUGUAAAUUUGUGGAGUUGUUUCUUUUUUCCUUAUUUUAUUAUUAUUUUUUUUUAAGUAAGAAGAAAAAGAACUUCUUUGAUAAAGGAUAAAAUGAUUGACGGGGAUUGUGUGAACCUUAGCGUAGCUCCUUUUGAAAAUGAGUUCCAUAAGGAAAAAUAUGUUUGACCAGUUAUGUAAUGGACCAAGCCUUCUCGAAGUAUCUGUUGAGCAUUGGAGUGCGAAAAUAAAUUGCUAUCAAAGAAAGAAUAGUGAAAACAGCAAAAAAAGAAAAAAAGAUCAUAAAAAAUUCACGUUUAGCAAAUAGUUUAUGGAAAAACUGCAGCAGCAUUAAACUUGCGUAUUUCUUAAAAAUACUUGAAAGAAUAACACAUUCAAUUGGCGAAGUUUUCAAAUAAGAUUUUCAAACUUUUACCUGAGACUUACAUACAAUCCAAAAAAGUUCAUUUCUGAGUUUGUACAGAUCUAUCUUCAGUCGCUUCAUGUUCAUACCUGGGUAUUGAUUUUAAAAAUGUUCAAGAAAGAAUCCUUUAAUUUCAUUGAUCUUAUUCAAUCCCACAAGUGGUGCUUUUCUUUAGUUAUUAUUUUAAUCCAGUUACUUUGAAAGGGGAAAACUAAAAACUUUACAUUUUUUUUUCAUGUUCGCUUUUAUCAGUUUUCGCGCGUUAAAAUAAAGAAUCUGUUCGCAGGAAAAUGUCUCGAAUUUACCAUGUUAUACUUUCCCUAAUAAGUGCAAUACUAAGAGCUUCGUCCACGAAGACAUGGAAUAUCACCAUAAAAAUAUCACCGAAAAAAACAUCUUUUCCUAAAAUUAAAUGAUUUUGAUUCUUAAGACAGCAUUUUUUCUCUAGCAUUACAACGGAAUUCGGUAAAAAUUUGAAAGAGUUUUUCAGAGCAAAAAUAUUAAUCAAUCGACAGUUUAACUUCUUUUAAAUGGUUUAAUUCGUAUAUUUUGACUCUAGAACAACGACUAUGCUUCCCAAAGGCGUCAUAGCAACUUCCUUUGUGAUGGUCUUUUGGCAAUUACGUGAUACGUUAUCAUCAGUCACGCAAUGCCAAGACGCAACCUACUCCAUUCCAAAUCGCAUUCUAACAGGUCACGCAUUCACCACCAAACCAUCUUCAACUAUGGAAUCUUGCGUGAUGUUCUGCGGCCAGGAUCUCAAUUGUAAAAGCAUAAACUUUUACCGAAAGGCAAAGACUUGUGAGUUGAAUAACAUGAGUGCGGAGACAUCCCCAGAGAGUAUGGUGGAUUUUGAAUUGGCAAUGUACAUGACCAACGCCUUUCCAAUUCCUUGCCUCUAUGACGCUGAAUGCAAACUGCCAGGGGAGAUAUGUGAGCUUGUGGAGGGCGACAAAAAAUGUAAAGGUAAUGUUGAUAACCAUUUUUAAUAUAUAAUUUCCGACCUAUAGAAAGAUGGUUUUUGUCUGGUCGUGGUCGUGGCGCAAAUGCAUUAUCACAAUGAUUUUGGAAAAGUGCGAUAUGGCCUCAACUGUUUGCCCCAAAGAAAUGUGCGCGAACAUUCUGGGAACGAAUAGGAAGCCGGUCCAUGAAGUGCUGGUAUUGAUGUUAUGCAAAUGUAUAGGUAAUCUUGAUAUAUUUUCGAAACAAUUCCCUUUUCCUUUAACCCUUAACGUACCAACUACGCAUAUAUGCGUAGAAAUAUACGACGUGAUUUUAACGCGCAAUUGUGGUGAAUUAUUGGGGCUUGGGCACUGGUGUUUCAUUUCAAAUGACUUAACAUAAACUAUAGUUUGAGGCAGUGAAAGAAAAUGGCCGAUUUGGCGAGUUGUAUUAAAGAAUUUGGAAAUUUAAAUUUCGAGUGUGUAUUGUCUGUGGUUUUUUAAAAAUGGCGGCGUGCGAAAUAUCUCCUGAAGCACUCUGUGCGACUGAAAGCGAUGAAAACGAUGUGGAAAUCGAAUUUAUCGACGAAGACAAUUUACCUUUGGCUUGUAUCAGUGUUUUGGAGCAUCCCGAGUCAGAAGAAGAGAUUGACUCCGAUGAUUUGGCAGAAUCUAGUGGGGAUGAGUCAGAAGAACUAGAAAGUGAACAAGAUGAAGACCCAGAGGAGGAAGAAGAAGUAUCGGCAUAGAGCGAAGAAAUAACGAGAAGGGAUGAUAUUGAUUUCAGUGAACUCGUGGGAUUGGCAGCAAAUGUAAACAUUAGAUCUUUGACAUCAAGCAAAGGGUUUUUUGAUCUGUUCUUCACUGCUCAGGUAUGGGAGUUGUUAUUUGCUCAGACUAAUCUGUAUGCAAAUCAGAAACGAGGAGCUGCAGAAAAGUCUGUGUGGUAUCCAGUGUCUGUGGAAGAAAUGAAAGGUUAGGUUGCCAUUUAUUUGUGUAUGGGAAUUAUUAACAAUUAUUAAAAGUCAGCUCAUAUGCAAGGCUAAUGAGAGGUGCUGUGUGGUAUUAUAAGAUUUUUUUCAAUAUCAUAGAAGUGUGUGUUUCAAAUGCACACAUUUUGGAGAGAAAAUCUCCAUGUCAUACCACUAGAACUGCUUUAGACUUCAGAAAGUCAUUGAUAAGUCACUUGAUUGAAGGAAAGUCCUUUAGAAGGGACACUCAAAUGCGUCCACCACCCACUUCUGAAAUUAGAUUUAAUCAAGAACACUUCCACCACCUGGUAAGCAACGACAAAAGAUCUACUUGCAAGGUUCACUUACAGCAUGUAGGUACCUGUUAUAGCUGUGCAGUGUGUGGAGUAUGCAUGUGCCUGGAGCCCUGUUUCCUCAGGUAUCACACAUUGAGAGACUUCUAUUUCAAUGAUGAAGAUCAUGAAGGCCCCAGAUGUCUGAAAGAAGGAAGAGGGAGGCCUCGCACCAGAGGAAGAGGAAGAGUUCUCCAAAAUUGAACAUGCAUAGACAAAUUUGAUAAUUGAAAAGAAAUAACAAAGGCAAGGUGAUAUAUGAGACAAUAAAAAUGACUUACUCUAAGACUUUCUCAAGAUUAGAUUUUGUUACUAAUAAGAUAAUUCAUGCCCUGACAAUAAUCUUAAUGGGUCAAAUUUGUGUGCAGAGAAGUGUUUUUAACCCUUAAAAUGAUAUUUUCAAUGUGUGAAGGUCAUGAUUUUUUGAGAAAAAGCAAUAGUUCUGAAAUUUAUUUGUUACAGGAUUCUUUCAAUUAGUCCUUCUUGAAACUUCCAAUAAUUAUGCUAAUUAUGCACGCCGUGACGUCAUCAUAUGAUGUGUAUCCCCUAAUAAGUUAAACAAAUUGGUAGAAAAUUUUCCACUGGUUAUGAACAUAUAUGGUCAUAUGGGGCUUUAUUAAAAAGAAAUUGAUCUACAACUGAUUUUGUAAACAUCACUCGGGUUUCUCCAAAAAAAAUAACAUACCCGUGGUAUGUUAAGGGUUAAACAUGAAAGUGGGAAAUCAUUUUUGGAAGAAAAUUUCUUUAAUUUUGAGAGCAAUGUUGCUGCUCCUGUUUUUUUUUUUUUUUUUUUUAUUAUCAUUUUUGGUGCUAUUUUUUGUUGUUGAAUUAUUCCGCAAAGAGGAAUUCGAAAUAUCAGCAAAUUGCUGACAGUUCCAUUGCAAGCUUUAAUGCAAAUUAUGAAGCAAAUAAGGCGAGGAAUAAAAAUUUCUGUAUGCACUGAAAUUGUAAAACUACUGAAUCGACAGGAAACUGGGAACAUUUGUCUUUCAGAAAGAAAUGAUAUUUUAAAUCUUCCAUUGUUUCCUCCUUCUUAGUUCAAUUUCCAUUGUAGUUCUAUUCUCACUACGACUGGUACAUUUAUUUGAAAAAAGUAUUGCAUGGUGGAAUGGUACGAGCGACCAUACACUUUUCUUGGGCCAUUUUUAUGCGUCAGGAUGUAGCUUUACCAGCAUGUCUCUUUUUUUCUUUCUGCAUUGUGGGGAGAGUGGCAGGGAAGGAGGGAAGGAUGAAUUGUUUGCUUCUACAGAUGUAAAUGAGGGACAUACUCCUAUUGAUUAAACAAUGUCAGUAAGGAUAGCAACUUUUAUCAAAGAAUUGUUACUUCCUCUUCUUUUAAAAGCAUGUAUGGAGGCACUUGGUAUGGAAGAUGGAAGAAUUCCAGAUUCAGCUAUAAGUGCUUCAUCGUUUGUGAACGAGGGUACACAUCCCAGGCUGGUUCGUCUCAACUCACCUUCUGGAUGGGUUGCAGAUCACCAUGACCCUAAGACCUGGCUUCAAGUUGACCUCGGAAAGGACGCAGUGAUCAAGAAAAUCGCUACCCAGGGGAAGCGCGGUGUCUAUCACUGGGUAAAGACUUACACGCUUUCAUCACGUGCCAACGAAGAGACUGAUUGGUUGACGUAUAAAGAGAACGAAGAUGUGAAGGCGAGUCCUCUGUUUGGAAUUUGACUUUUCUAUUGAAAUCUAUUAUUUGAAAAGAUACUUGCCUGAAUGUCACAUUUUUCUCUGUUCCGGACCCGGAGAGAGCUCAUGGAACGUUUCCUGCAGUUUUUGUUUAAUUAUAAACACCUAUGCGAAAGAGCUUGAAUUCCCUUUUUUGCGCGUUAUCCUUAAGUAUAAAAAAAAAUUGAAUGACGUGAGAUACUUAUCGAUUGAUCUCUGAAAAUCAAUCAGUCAGAUACAAACCCUUCAAUUUUUUGUUGUAACAUCGCGCUCCUCUUUCAAGGUUGGGGUUUUUUAAGAGAUGGUCCAAUUUUCUCGUCAUCCAUAAUCAAAAUGGAUUUAAAAAGAAAUAUUUCAAUAAUUCUGACGAAAAUUGUACUGUGAUUCUUAUUAAAUUUUAUGACAUUUUCAGAUAUUUCAAGGUAACAAUGAUCAGGAAACGGUGGUAUCCCAUGUGUUACCGCAACACAUCAGGGCUCGUUUUGUCAGGUUCUGGCCCAAGACUUGGAAUAAUAGAUACAGAGCCAUGAGGGCAGAGCUGUACGGCUGUUUUCUUCAGUAA